AUGACCACCACCACCCACUACCUCCUCAUCGACAACCAAGGUCUCCCUUACACCGUUGUGGUGGCAGAACCUGAUCACUCCAGAACGUUCCGCCGUCUCUUCUCGUGUCCCGUUUGUCACCGGACCUUCGAGUACUUGUCCUACCUUCAACGUCACAGCAUCACCCACUCGGAGCACAAACCCUACGUGUGUCCAUCCUGUGGCAAAGCCUUCAAGAGAACGUCCCACCUCCAACGUCACAGGUACACCCACCUGGUCCGUAAACCCCACCAGUGUCCACUCUGUCCACGACGCUUCCGAGAUCCUGGAGAAUUGAUUCAUCAUCAACGUGUCCACACUGGAGAACGUCCCUUCCAGUGUCCCCAUUGUCACCUGCGCUUCGGGGAGAGGAACACGCUCCAGAGACACGUCAGGAGGAAACAUCUGCCAAGGUCCUGA